UUGUAAACGGAAACAAACCAUGUGCUAACAUGGCGAUUUUCUGACGUCCUUCACGAGUCGUUUGAUAUAAUAUUGCGUGGCUGUUAUGGGAGUUUCUUCUAACUGGCCUGUAUUUAUUCUUUUUGACAUAUUUUCUUUGUUUUUUUCGUAAAAUUAUACAACGUAAAUAUGAGCGUUGACGCGUACGGACCAAGCUCACAAACACUCACAUUUUUGGACACUGAAGAAGCAGAUCUUAUCGGAGCUGACACACAGGGCUCGGAAUUUGAGUUUACCGACUUUACUCUUCCAUCCCAAAGCCAGACUCAAGCAUCACAGCAUGAUCACGGUCUAACAAGUUCUAAUCAGGUGAAUGGUCUGAGCCGUUCCGAGUUGACUUCUAAGGUUUCUAGCGUAACCAAUGCAAUAGCCGAGCUACAAUUUGAAGAGGAAGACGAAGCUCUAUAUAGCAGCAAGGAACUGCCUGAUCAUGCUUGUAAAUAUUGUGGUAUUCAUGACCCGGCUACAGUCGUCAUGUGUAAUAUUUGCAGUAAAUGGUUCUGCAAUGGCCGUGGUAACACUUCAGGCUCACAUAUUAUAAACCAUCUUGUGAGAGCGAAACAUAAGGAAGCAGCUUUGCAUCGUGAUGGGCCUCUUGGAGAGACACUCUUAGAGUGCUACUCUUGUGGUGCUCGCAAUGUUUUUGUCCUUGGUUUUAUUCCUGCUAAAGCUGAUUCAGUAGUAGUUCUGUUGUGUCGCCAACCGUGUGCUGCACAGAGCUCUUUGAAAGAUAUGAACUGGGAUCAAGAACAAUGGAAGCCUUUAAUAUCUGAUCGUGCCUUCCUGUCAUGGCUGGUAAAAGUACCAUCGGAAGCAGAACAAAUGAGGGCCCGCCAGGUGACACCACAACAAAUAGGACGUCUUGAAGAGCUGUGGCGUGAUAAUGUUGAUGCUACUUUCCAAGAUCUGGAAAAACCUGGUGUUGAUGAAGAACCUCAGCAAGUCUUACUAAGAUAUGAAGAUGGUUAUCAGUACCAAAAUAUAUUUGGCCCCUUGGUGAAGUUGGAAGCUGAUUAUGAUAAGCGGCUAAAGGAAUCACAAACCCAAGAAGGAAUAGAGGUGCGCUGGGAUGUGGGUCUUAACAAGAAGACCAUUGCUUACUUCACACUCGCUAAAACUGAUAGUGAUAUGAAACUAAUGCAUGGAGAUGAAUUGAGAUUGAGGUAUGUUGGUGAAUUGCACAAAGCGUGGGCUGGUGUAGGCCACGUGAUCAAAGUACCCGACAACUACGGCGACGACGUGGGCCUCGAAUUGAAGAGUGGUGCUGGUGCUCCUCUUGACUGUACUUCUAAUUUUGUUGUGGACUUCAUAUGGAAGAGCACUUCUUUUGAUAGGAUGCAACUUGCUCUACGUAAGUUCGCCGUAGAUGAUUCGUCUGUAUCAGGCUACAUAUACCGUCGCCUAUUAGGCCAUGAGGUAGAAGAAGUUUUGUUUCGCGUCCAUCUACCGAAACAUUUUAGUGCGCCAAACUUACCUGAUCUCAAUCGAUCACAGGUAUAUGCAGUGAAGCAUGCUCUACAACGUCCUUUAUCUUUGAUCCAAGGACCACCAGGAACUGGGAAGACUGUAACUUCAGCAACAAUUGUAUAUCAAUUGGUUAGGCAAAAUGGAGGUCCUGUCUUGGUCUGUGCGCCGUCCAAUACCGCUGUUGACCAACUUACUGAAAAGAUACAUAGAACGGGAUUGAAAGUUGUGAGAUUAUGCGCAAAAUCAAGAGAAGCUAUGGAAUCUUCAGUAUCCUUUUUGGCACUCCAUGAGCAAGCCCGUGCUCUAGGAUCUGUUGAUAGCGAGUUACGUAAGUUGACUAGGCUUAAGGAAGAAGCUGGCGAAUUAUCAGCUGCUGAUGAAAGGAGAUACCGUGCAUUACGUCGUGCUGCUGAAAGACGGCUAUUAGAUGCUGCAGAUGUAGUAUGUACUACUUGUGUAGGUGCUGGAGAUCCAAGAGUUGCUCGCAUGCGUUUCCAAUCCAUACUCAUUGAUGAAGGUAUGCAAUCUACAGAGCCAGAAUGUAUGGUGCCCGUAGUUCUUGGGGCUAGGCAACUAAUCCUUGUGGGUGAUCAUUGUCAGCUAGGACCAGUGGUUAUGUGCAAAAAAGCUGCCAAAGCGGGUCUCAGUCAGAGCCUUUUUGAGCGCUUAGUAGUAUUGGGUAUACGUCCUUUCCGUCUAGAAGUACAAUACCGAAUGCAUCCGGAAUUAUCUCGAUUCCCGUCUGAUUUCUUUUAUGAAGGUUCUUUACAGAACGGUGUCAGUGCUGAAGAAAGACGCCUGCAUAAGAUAGAUUUCCCCUGGCCACGACCAGACCGUCCAAUGUUUUUCUAUGUCACUCAAGGUCAAGAAGAAAUUGCAGGAUCAGGUACAUCUUACUUGAAUAGAACUGAAGCUGCCAAUGUUGAAAAACUUACAACUCGAUUUUUGAAAGCAGGUGUCCGUCCUGAACAAAUUGGAAUUAUCACGCCCUAUGAAGGACAGCGAUCUUAUCUUGUUCAACACAUGCAGUACCAAGGCAGUUUACAUGCCAAACUUUAUCAGGAAAUAGAAGUUGCCAGUGUGGACGCUUUUCAAGGCAGAGAAAAAGAUAUAAUAAUCAUGUCGUGUGUACGCUCCAACGAGCACCAGGGAAUCGGCUUUUUGAGCGAUCCACGUCGUCUCAACGUCGCUCUGACUCGUGCAAAAUACGGUCUCAUCGUCGUCGGUAACCCUAAAGUACUAAGUAAACAACCAUUGUGGAAUCACCUUCUAGCAUUUUACAAGGAACGACGCGUGCUAACCGAAGGACCCCUAUCGAAUUUAAAAGAAUCUGCUAUCCAAUUUGCUAAGCCUAAAAAAUUGGUAAAUGCACAAAACCCAGGGUCACACUUUAUGUCGACAUCAAUGUUCGACGCGCGCGAGGCGAUGGUGCCCGGCUCGGUUUACGACCGCGCUCGUCCGCUGCGUGACCCGCUCGCGUACGUGGGCCCGGAGCGUGCUGCAAUGCUGCACGCGCCCGUUCCUCCUGCCGCGUUUUCGGCACACCGGCCCCUACAGCGCUUGCCUGUUGGUACCAACCAGCGCAGUGGUAGGAAGCGACCGCCUCGUUUGUCUCAGGAGCCACUCUCGCAACAACCACCGCUGUCACUGUCGCAGGGUGCCUCCCAGCCGGACUUCAGCCAGGAGUCGACGGCUCCGGACUGCCCGUCGCAGCCCGACGGCCUGUUGUCACAGGACUCCACGUACCAGGGCGGGUUCCGAGCGCGCUGCAGCCAGUACUGAGAGCGUCGGCCGGACCGCCGCGGGGCCGCACCAGCCGACCGCACUCCUCCGGGGUGGCAGCAGACAUGGUAUUGACGAGAUACGCCGAUGCGCAUCGCACGCCUGACCGAAGACGAACCAAAGUUAGGUCUUGAAGCAGAUAAGAAAUCCCAUUUUCCACGACUCGUUAGCAGGGGGUUUCUCAGCUUGCGCCGGCGGCGGAAUCCGACCGUGACGAUAAUUACGUCUUCGGCCAUAGACCAUAUUGAGUGUAAACUCGAAAGCUAGAAAAUGUGUCAUGGCAUUCUGUUAUCAUGCGCAGACGCGCACUUACACAUCGAGUACCGAUGCGUAAAGUAAAUUCAUCGUUCCAUUACAGGGAUAGAAAAUUAUGUAGCACAUCAAAUAUGCAUCACAACUCGUCGAGUUUAAAUUGCAAACUUAUUUUCCAAAUAUAAUUCCCAGGACUUCCAUAAUUGCACACACACAUUAACAUUUUACAUACUACUUGUAAAUUAUAAACAUCACGGGUUAAUCGAUUUUAGAGAUUUAACAAUGAAUAACCAAGCCCGUUACCAAAUUAUUAAUAUCAGAUUUUGUAUUUAUAUCUUUAAAUUCACCUACUAGUUUCGAACGAACAAAAUGGAUUUAUCCAAACAAGCAUUGGUUUCCAUUUAAUAUACCAAUUGUUAAGAACUGAUAAAUAUUUAAUACGUUUUACAUUAAGGUAACGCAAUAGUUUUACUGCAUUUCAAUAUACCUGACCUAAGGGCCUGUUUAUUCAUUUUUACUUCUAAUUUGGAUAUAGAGUCCUAUCUUUAGUCAAAUGAGACUAAUAUUAAACCAUCUCAGUUCGCCUUUGAAACUUAAUUUCUUUUAUUUUACUUUGACAUAAAGAUAAACUAAGCGUAUUAGUAAAUAUUUUGUUUAUUAGGCGAUAUCUAUAUAAUAUUAUGUAUAUGAUAAAUUAUACAUUUCAUGAUUUUUUCAUUAAAGGGAGGUUCACAGUAUCUUCAUCAAUAUCAUCAUUGUACCAAACAGUGUCAGAUCUAAAGUAGACAAAAAAUUAGAUAACUUAUUGUUUUUCCUUCUCAUAAGUUAAAUUUAUCAAUAAAAUAGAGAUAACGUUUAUUUAUAUACAGUAAUACAAAUCUUUUUCUUGAUACAUACUAUAGUUUUCUUAUAAAAUUUAUUAAAUUAAAUAACAGAUAGAUAUAAUGCGGCAAUUAAUAAUAUAAAGUGAUUGGAACCAUAAUGCCUGAAAUGUAAUAAUGAUGUUCUAGAUUCUGUUUAUUAUCUUGAUUUAUAAUUGAAGAUACCGAUAAUAUGUUCAUUGAACGCGUAAUAUAGGUGCAAAUUCUAUCUAUUAGCGAGCAUAUCUAUAUAACAUUGUUAUAAUUUCAAUAGUUACGACUUGUGAUUAAGCGUAGAAUUACUCAAGAUUUUUAUUCGCAUUUUAAUAGUGACGUGGGGCCUCUUCCAAGAUGAGUUUUUAGUGAACAUGUUAAUUGGUAUUCUGGAGAUCUUAUGAAAAAGUAUUACAACAUCCACAUCAAUUAAUUAAUCAAUGAACAUGACUACAGAACACUGCGUUAUGGCAACGAGAGCCUCUAUAACAUUGUAUAUUGUUUUACCUGUUUUAAAUUAACAGGAAAUAUACAUAAUUUAUAAUUACAUAGUGAUAUUACAAAAUAUGCACUGUCAUCUUGCAAAUGUAUCAUAAUGCGUUUUAUGAUUUUAUUGCAACAAACAAACAUCAUACUUAGGUAAAUAAAAUUGCUGCCUUGAAUGUUUUCUAUUGUUAAAAUAUUAUUGUUAUUGUAGAGCACUAAAACGGAGAAGGUGUUGUGUUAUUACUUAAUUCUACUUAAUAUUCUUAGCAAAUACCUAGUAAAACGGCCAUUAAAUGUUAUCCAUCCAUUAAUUAUCCAUAACCCACCAGAAAUAGUACCGUGUCAUUUUGGUAUUUUACAUGCUCACUUCCUCACUUCCGCCAUCUCAAUACUGCUAUUAUAAAUUUACUUGUUUU